AUGUCGGAGGUGGGCAGGGAAAUACAGAGCCCACAUCGUCAGCAACGUCACGGCCACAGAACAAUAACGGAGGCGGAGGAACCUGGUAUGAUAGCCCUCUUUUCUGAAACCGGCGGUUCCACGUGGAAACGGCGUCUCGCCAUUCUGCUCGAUAACCACUAUCAAUGGGUGAUUUUCCUUGUCAUCAUGGUCGUCGCCAUCGUUGGCAUUUGGGUAGGCGCCUGCGUCUGGCGCCGACGCUACAUCCGCAAGAAGGACCGCGUGUAUGCGCUCAACUCCAAUCUGGCGCAUGCCACCGAAUCCGGGCGAGUAGUACCCAACGGAGGUAGCAGUGCCGGCUCAGUCCACGUCCCCGGACCCGGCAUGUUCGACCCGGCGCCGAUCAGCUCUGCCGGCAUUUACGGCGAGAAGUCAGAGAAGAAGAAGAAGUGGGCCUUUGGGGGGCGGACAUGA